AUGUUUUUCAAUAAGAAGGAAUAUAAAGUUGAAGAUUUGAAAGAGAUCGAUCCCAAGCGUUAUUUCACUGGUCGACAAAUUCAUGAAUUACAACAGUUGUACGAGUUGUUGAAAGAUGAAUCAGAAUCGAGUAAUGUUGCCUAUUCUCAGUUAAUGUCACCAAAUGGUGUAUUUGCUAAUAAUGAGUUAAAUUUAAAUGAUAUUAAGAUAUAUGGUUUUGAUUUUGAUUAUACAUUAGCCAGAUAUAGGCCAACAUUACAUAAUCUCAUUUAUGAUCAUGCUAAAACAUAUUUAGUCGAAAAAUUUAAAUAUCCUGAGGAUAUAUUAAAACUAGAAUAUCUUCCUGGUUUGGGUGCUCGUGGUCUUCAUUUGGAUAUUGCACGUGGAUGGUUAAUGAAAAUUGAUUCUUAUCAUAAUAUACAAUUGGGAACAGUUUAUCAUGGUAUGAAUCCUGUGCCAGAUAAAGAUGUUAUUGCUGCACACAAGGGUACACGAUUAUCGAUUGAUGCAAUUGGAUAUUUUGGAAUGAGUUCAAAUAUGUAUCAGUUUGUUGAUAUCUUUAGCAUACCAGAAAUAACUUUACUAAGAGAUGUUAUGCAAGAUGCUGUUACUCAAUUCCAUAAAGGUGCACUACACAAUUUAGUGGGAAACGAAGUAGAAAAAUAUUUUGAACCACAUACACGUUUACAUCAAUUACUUGAACGUUUACGUGCUGCAAAUAAACAAAUAUUUAUGAUUACAAAUUCGAGUUAUUGGUUUGUUGAGCGUGGUAUGAAUUAUUUAGUUGGAGAUGAUUGGAGAAAAUUAUUUAAUGUUAUCAUAUGUCAGGCAAGAAAACCGACAUUUUUUGCUGCACAAAAAAAACCAUUUCGUGAAUAUAAACCGGAGAAUAAUGCAAAAUCAUGGGAUCGUGUUACAACAUUUAAAAGUUCCAAUGUUUAUGUUGAGGGAAAUCUCGGUACAUUUAUCGAUUUGACAACAUGGAGUGGAAAUGAUGUUUUGUAUAUUGGUGAUCAUAUUUAUGGAGAUUUAGCUGAUCUGUUUUUGAAGCACGGUUGGAGAACUGGUGCUAUUCUUCAAGAAUUGAAAGAAGAAAUUGAAACCGUUAAUUCUGAAAAUUUUCAAAACGUUAUCAAAUGGUUAAAUAUUCUUCAGUGGUUAAUUGAUCAAUUACAAGUUAUACCUGGUGCAGAAGCAGAUAUUUUGAUGAAACGUUGGGUAGAAGAGCGUCAAGAGUUAAGAUCAAAGACCAAAGAUUUAUUUAAUCCUCAUUUUGGUAGUAUAUUUCGUACUUAUCAUAAUCCGACUUAUUUUCAUCGUCGUUUGGCUCGUUUUGCUGAUAUCUAUACUUCUAAUGUAUGUAAUUUAUAUGAUUAUCCAUUAGAUUAUAUCUUUUUUCCUCGUCGUAUGGCUUUGGCACAUGAAAAUAUUCUACCCACACCUGAUCUUAAUUUAUUAUUAUUAAAUAGUGCUAAGGAAGCAUUAAGAACAAGUCAAUUGAAUGAAAAUAUUUUAUCUGGUUUAUUUCCUCAACUAUCAACCAACGAACAUGAAAAAAUAGCUGAUCAAAAAGAAAAAUUAUUUCGUGAAUUAGCGUUAACAAAACUUCAUCCAACAAAUGGUUUAUCUGAAAUAUUAAAAUAUAUUGAAAAAAAUCGAACACAACUCAAAAUAGGUUUAGCCACAAAUGCUCCUCGAGAAGUAGCCGAUUUUGAAUUAAAUAUAUUGAAAUUGGAUCAGCAUACAUUUUUUGAUGCAAUUAUUGUCGCUGAAGAAUUUGGUAGUGGAAAACCUGAUCCAGCUAUUUAUUUAGAAGUGUGCAAACGUUUGCAAUUGAAACCAGAAUCAUGUUUAGUAUUUGAAGACUCGCCAUCCGGUGUAACAUCAGCUAGUCAAGCUCAAACUAAAUGUAUUGGUCUACUAACAUCAAGUGAAAAAGAAAAAUUAGUCAAGUGUGGCGCUUAUUUAACAGUGAAAGAUUUUACUGAAGUUAAUUUAGAUCAAGUUUUAAAAGAAAUUCCGACUGCUUGA